AUGGCGGGCGAGAUGGAUGUUGAUGUCCCUGAGCAGCGGGGCGAAAAGCGCCCAGUGGAGGAGACAGACGUGUCUGGGCCCCCGAAACCGAAGCGAAUCAAGGCUCUAGAUCCCGACGUUGUCAAUAAAAUCGCUGCUGGAGAAAUCAUUGUUGCGCCCAUGCAUGCACUGAAGGAGUUGAUUGAAAAUGCCGUGGAUGCGGGAUCAACGUCGAUCGAGGUUCUUGUCAAGGAUGGUGGGCUGAAGCUACUACAAAUUACGGACAAUGGACACGGCAUUGACCGCGAGGAUCUUCCUAUUCUCUGCGAACGAUUCACGACGUCCAAACUCAAGGAAUUCGAGGACCUCACUUCUAUCGGGACAUACGGUUUCCGCGGCGAAGCAUUGGCAAGCAUCAGUCAUAUUGCCCACUUGACGGUUACAACGAAGACGGCUGGAUCGAGCUGUGCCUGGAGAGCACAUUACGGUGAUGGGAAGCUGGUCCCGGCCAAGCCAGGCCAACCUGCUGCCCCGAAAGCUACAGCUGGACGAGGAGGCACGCAAAUAACCGUUGAGGAUCUUUUCUACAACGUCCCUACUCGCCGUCGCGCCUUUCGCUCAGCGAGUGAAGAGUAUGCCAAGAUCCUCGACGUGGUAGGCAGAUAUGCGGUACAUUGUGCCGGAGUCGCUUUCUCGUGUCGCAAGCAUGGCGACUCGGGGGUCAGCGUCUCGACUCCGUCGGCUGCGAAUACUAUUGAUCGGAUUCGCCAAAUUCACGGUAGUGCGGUUGCCAACGAGUUGGUCGAGUACAAGGUUUCUAAUGAUAAACUUGGCUUCCGUGCCUCGGGUCUUGCUACGAACGCCAACUACCACGUUAAGAAAACUACUAUUCUUCUUUUCAUCAACCACAGAGCGGUCGAAUCGACGGCCAUCAAACGAGCCAUGGAACAGACAUACUCUGCCUUCUUGCCUAAAGGCGGUCAUCCUUUCGUGUAUCUCGACCUAGAGAUUGAGCCCAACCGUGUCGAUGUCAAUGUCCACCCGACGAAGAGGGAGGUUAAUUUCCUAAAUGAGGAUGAGAUCAUCGAGAUGGUCUGUGACGAAAUUAGAUCCAAGCUAGCUCAAGUCGACUCGAGCCGCACCUUCCUCACACAAAGUCUUCUACCUGGCGUGCAGACCAUCGAAACACUUCAACAGUUACCCAAAGAUGACGCCACGGAAGGAAAUGCAGGAGCUACCCCCAAGACCCCUGCACCAACCAAGCGCCCAUAUGAAAACAAUCUGGUCCGAACGGACUCUAAAAUCCGCAAAAUCACCUCUAUGCUCACUCCAGCUCCUAUCCCAUCACCUUCUGGCCCGGGGGUAUCCACCGAACCCGGCAUCCCCCAACCACCCAUUCAAGACGACGGACUCCAGUACGAGAUCACAGAUCGUCAACCACUCCGCAUCGCCUUAACAUCCGUCAAAAAUCUCCGCAGCGCCGUGCGCGCCACCAUGCACAACACCUUAACCGAAAUGUUCGCAUCGCACACAUACGUCGGCCUCGUGGACGAGCGAAGACGUCUCGUAGCCAUCCAAUCCGGCGUGAAACUCUACCUAGUAGACUACGGGCUCACAUGCAACGAAUUCUUCUACCAAGUCGGACUAACAGACUUUGGAAACUUUGGCGAGAUCAAGCUAGAUCCACCUCCAAAGCUGGUCGAUCUACUGCAAAUCGCAGUUGACGCCGAGAAAGAGGAACAAGCGGAUGGAAAUAACCCCGAAGCUGCGAAGAUUCUGGCUAAUGCCGCCGAACUAAUAUCCCGUACUCUGGUCGAGCGACGGGAGAUGCUUGACGAGUACUUUUCAAUGAAGGUCAGUGAAGAAGGGGAGUUGCUUACACUCCCGCUGCUAUUGAAAGGCUACGUUCCGUCUCUAGCGAAGCUACCGCGCUUCCUACUCCGUCUAGGUCCGUACGUGGACUGGACCGGUGAGGAGGAGUGCUUCCGCACGUUCCUGCGUGAGCUGGCUGCUUUCUAUACACCGGAGCAACUCCCUGUGCUUCCGUCACCGCCAUCAAAUGAUCAUCCGGCCCAUUUGAACGACGAGACGGGGCAAGAAGUGCCCCAAACCAAUGAAGACAGCACAGUGGCAGGGAACGAAGACCCAUUGAUCCAGGCACGCCGGACACAGAUGAUGCGAAUGUUGGAGUAUGCUGUAUUCCCUGCCAUUCGCUCUCGACUGGUCGCCACAUCACGGAUGCUCAAGGGAGUUGUCGAGGUUGCCGAUCUGAAGGGUCUUUACAGAGUUUUUGAGCGAUGUUGA